AUGCCGUGCAACCCCAGGAAAGAGGAGUCUGUGGCCUGCCCAAUAUGCUUCAAGGACCUCUCUGUGCUACAUUUAUACGAACGAGAAGCCCACUGUGAUAUAUGUCUGGGGCGGGCGACGGGUGGUACAAGUGGGGCAGCGCGGAAGCGCUCUAUUCCUCUGCCCGAUGUAAAGAAAGUGCGCUUUCGUGACACCACGCUGGUGGUAGACGGCUUCAUGUACAUGGACGACCCCACGGUGGACGCUUAUUUUCUGUCGCACUUUCACGCUGACCACUAUCAAGGCCUGUGCCCCUCCUGGAAGCAGGGCCCGCUCUACUGCUCCGCGAUCACGGCUAGGCUCGCCAUGCACAAGUUUAAAAUCCCACAGGAGCUCAUAACUGUGCUUUACCCUGGAGUACCGCAUAAGAUAUCGCCCAUUCUCCGUUGCAUUCCCCUUGAUGCCAACCACUGUCCGGGCUCCUUGAUUCUCUUGUUCGAGGAGUUUGACGAUCAGGGCCACGUGCGCCAGAGUAUACUACACACCGGAGAUUUCAGGGCAACGCCAUCCAUGGCCACCGAAUUGUCCCAGCUUACCGGCAGUAGGCCUAUCGACACGGUAUACUUAGACACAACCUACCUGCAUCCGUACUAUCAUUUUCCCCUUCAGGAAUCAGUCAUCGCUACGACGGCGGACUUUGCCGCUAAGCUGAGCGACGUAGGGUUGAGGGCUUAUUUUGCCGAUAAGCAAAAGUCGAUCCUUACAUUCACAAAGCGAAGAGAGUCACACAAGCAUAUCAUCAAGUUUCGGUAUCUGUACCUUAUCGGUUCUUACUCGAUUGGUAAAGAACGCCUGGCGGUUGCCAUUUCUGAACGACUGCGCACCAAGCUUUACGUUCGAUCCGAUACUGUAAAGCGCAAGCUGAUCGACAGAUACAAAGAAUGGUUUCCAGAUGGGCUAAUUACCCACGUUGCAUCCGAAUCAUGUGUGCACCUCGUGCCGUUUGAGGUAAUAUCUUCCAAAGACUCUAUCAGUAACUACAUGAAGGUACUGCCACCUAUCUACGAAGACGUAAUUGCAUUCAGUCCUACAGGUUGGGCCUACGCAAACAGGCUGCGAUAUAUUCCAGAACAAGCGAUCAGAGAACGCUUCGCCUGCCCGGAUAAGAGAUACAAAUUCGUCACGGAUCUUCUUCAUGACGCUACUGUAGACAGUUUCACAACCGAUAGCCUGAAGACACAGUACAACCAGAGCAAAAGAUAUCAACUGUUUCGGAUUCCGUAUUCGGAGCAUUCCAGCUUUAAGGACCUAAGUAUUUUCGCAACCACGAUCCAGAUGAACGCCAUUCGAUCUACAGUGAACCUGGCCUCUUUGGAGAUGCAUCGCAUGUGGUUCGACACUUGGUCUCGUAUUAGAAACGAAAAAUACCUGCGUAAAUUAUGA